AUGCGAUACCAACGCCUACGCCAGAGUCGUCGCCGCGCCAUGACCUCUCUCUACGGCCGGCUCUGGCGACCCAGACCAGGUGUAAUUCUCGCCACGGCCCUAGCCUCGCUAGUCUUGAGGGACGGCGCUUCUCACGAGGUUAGGAUGCUGCUGGAUACCGGUUCUGAGCUGUCGUUUGCUACAAGGGAGCUGGUCAAGAAGCUCAGCUUGCCGACUUCUCCAGCUGUGCUACCGGUCGUUGGUAUCAGUGGUUCGACCUCGGCCUCUAAUGGGUUCUCUCAAUUCUCUCUCAAGUCUCUGCACUCCAACAAGCAGAUUCUUGUCAAGGCCUACGUUCUCGAUAGCCUCACGUCGUCGUUGCCGUCGUUCUCUGCCUCUCAACCUCAGCAGUGGAAGCAUCUCCGAGGGUUGCAGCUAGCGGAUCCACGCUAUCUGACGUCAAGACCUGUCGAUCUUCUCAUUGGCGCAGAUUUCUUUGGAUCGAUAGUGGAGCCGCAGAUUAUCAAGGGGCCAUCCGACUCUCCUAUUGCGAUGCUGAGUCUCUUCGGGUGGGUAGUGCUAGGGCCCACCUCUGCAGUGACGUCGGCGGCGAGCUCGCAUCACGUCUCUGUCAGCAACGAGGAACUUAGCGAGCUUCUCACCUCGUUCUGGCAGCAGGAGGAGGUAUCUGCGGCGGAAGGCAAAGGCGUCGCUCUCACGAGGGAAGAGGCAGAGUGUGAGGAAUUCUUCCAGCGCACCCAUACCCGGGACCGGUCGGGGCGCUAUAUUGUUCGCCUGCCUCUCGUUCGCUCUCCCGCAGAGCUCGGGGAUUCUCUAGGCCGCGCGAAGGCGUGCCUCGCGAGCCUGCUUAGGAGGUUGGAGAAAGGUCAAGGAUCUCUGCAGCUAUACAGUGACUUUCUCAAGGAGUACGAAGAGUUGGGGCACAUGGUGCGUGUUCCAGCUAUGCCUGUCUCAACCGACUCUCGGAUCUUGGACCGUCAACCUGGCGAGAUGACCUUGGCACAUGGGGCUUCAGCCUCAACCUUGAUAGUGCUCCGGGUAACCGUCGUUCAGGAGCUUGUGCAACAAGCCAGUUGGAGGUACGUCAGUGGGAAGGAGAAUCCUGCUGAUUGCGCAUCAAGGGGCAUCUCGGUGGCUCAACUCAAUGGCCAUCAUCUGUGGUGGACGGGCCCAAAAUGGCUACGGAAGGAGGCGUCUCAGUGGCCAAGUGGAAGAGCAACGUUGGACCCGUCUACGGAUUUAGAGGAGAAGCCGGGGUUGACUUUAGCCGCUUCCCUCGGACGAUCGAGUCUCUGGGAUCUCUGUUCGCGGUAUUCCUCUCUCUACAAGUUGCUGAGGAUCACAGCAAUUUGCCAAACGGUUGUGGGGAAUAUGCUGCGGAAGCUGGAAAGGAAGAGGGGCAUCAUCGUUCCAGCUUUGUUCAGCCCAGGGAGCAUGGAGGCAGCUCGGCUUUAUUGGGUCAAGGCGACUCAAGCCCAUCAUCUCCAAGCCGAGUGUGACAUCAUCUCUCACGGAUUGCAGUUGAAGAAGUCUCAUCCGUUGACCAAGCUCACGGCCUUCAUUGAUCAACAAGGAGUUCUCAGAGUCGGCGGGCGGUUGAAGUUCUCUACUCUAGGGCCAGAGAGUAGGCAUCAGGCCAUCAUCCCUCAAGGCUCAGUGCUCGCGGAGCUCAUCAUCAGGGACUCUCAUCAGCGGACGCUGCACGGUGGGACUCAACUCACCUUGGCACAUCUCCGGAGGUCUUACUGGAUUAUUGGAGGUCGUCUACCAGUAAAAUCCUUCAUCCUCAAGUGCGUGGAGUGCGCACGUCAUCGGGGAAUUCGCGCUCAGCAGCUGAUGGGUCAGCUUCCAGUGGCACGUCUGGUGUCGGAUCGUGCUUUCUCUAACACUGGUGUGGACUACGCCGGACCAGUGUCUCUCAAGACUUGGAGGGGACGUGGUCACAAGACCCAGAAGGGUUGGUUGGUGAUCUUCGUGUGUAUGGCCACGUCCGCUCUCCAUCUGGAAGCUGUCACGGACUACACCGCGGAUGGUUUCAUCGCCGCCUAUCGGAGGUUCGUGAGUCGUCGGGGAUACUGCAGACACCUGUAUAGUGACUGUGGGACCAACUUCAUCGGGGCGGAUAAGGAGCUGAAGAAGUUGUUCUCCGCUGGAGCCAAGGAGUUCCAGCAUCUCUCUGCAGUAUGUCUCAAGGACGGAACGUGUUGGUCUUUCAACCCCCCUGGAGCCCCUCAUUUCGGGGGAAAAUGGGAAGCAGCGGUUAAGUCGGUAAAGUACCAUCUCGCUCGAACGGUUCGAGAUACGGCUCUCACGUUCGAGGAGCUCUCUACGCUGCUGUCCCAGAUUGAAGCCGUUCUCAACUCCAGGCCUCUACAACCGCUCUCGGAAGAUCCUGACGAUGUGUCCUGCCUCACCCCGGGGCACUUCCUCAUUGGAGAAGCUCCAAUAGCUCUUCCGGAGCCCUCACUGGAACACCUCAACGUUGGACGGCUCUCUAGAUGGCAACUGAUCCAGCAGAGGCUGCAGUUCUUCUGGAAGCAAUGGUCUACAGGGUAUCUGCAGCAGCUCCAGUCCAUCUCCAAGUGGCAUCACCCGUCCAACGAGAUCAAAGUCGGCAGCCUGGUUCUCCUCUACGACGAGCGGUUCCCGCCAGCGAAGUGGCCUCUUGCUCGGGUCACAGCUCUACAUCCUGGAAGGGACGGUCUCUCCAGAGUUGUGACCAUCAGGACCGCCUCGACGACGUUGACCAGGCCGAUAUCCAAGCUGGUCUCUGCAAACGAUCUCUACUCCUUCUGUGUCAGCAACGGGGUUCCUGACGGGGGGGAGAAUGUUGAGGCGACGGCCUCAUGUGGCGAAGGGUGGCAGCACCUCCUGGGCGAGGUCUGCCUGACCGGCCGCGCUGGCAUCCAGGUGCCUAAUUGCACCUGA